CUGCUAGCUCCAGCAAUCCGGAGUGCGGGUGGGUUGGGUCACAUGGCGCCUGCGCCGCUGAGGCGCUAGUUGCUGUUGGCAGGAAAGUUUUUUUUUUUCGUCCCAUUUUUUUGCAAACUGCAGAGGCUCGGUAGCAGCAGCAGGAGCCGGAGGGAGGGCUCGUGGGCGACACCUGCAAAGGAGACACUUCCAAACCUCCUUCCCUUCCCCCGAAAGCCCCUCGCCAAUGCUGGAGAGUUGUGCGUUGGGCAGCGCCAGGGAGAUGCGAGUGGACUCCCCCAAGUGUGGGUAGCGGCAUUUCCCCGGGAGCAUCGCAGGAGGCAGCUUUGAGUCUGCGAGAGAUUCCAGCAGAGAAGCUUGGAGUUAUGGGACCAAACCCUUCACCUGCCUGAUCCUGCAGAGACGGGCGCUUAGCUAUACACCUUGCAUGUGAGGCGGUGAUUGGUGUUCAGCAUGGCAGGUGUGUCAACUUUGAUCCUCUUCCUGUGCGCUGUUAAGGAUGUUAUGCCCGCCAAUUCUCUCUGGAAACCAACCUGGCCAUCUUACAAAGUUCCAGUAAUCCUGCCACAAUCUACCGUUAAUCUAGACAAACCACAGUUUGAUGCAGAAACCAAACUGGAGGUGGUAUCUUCUUGUGGCCCAGAAUGCCACAAGCGUUCCCCGCUGCCAACAUAUGAAGAAGUGAAGGACUAUCUGUCCUAUGAGACCUUGUAUGCCAAUGGUAGUCUUGUUGAAACUGAAGUAGGCAUUUACAUUGUCAACAGUGGCAGUGAAGGGUCACAAAGCAAAUCUCGAACAAAGAGGCAGAUCUAUGGCUACGACAGUAGGUUUAGCAUUUUUGGCAAGGACUUCUUGUUGAAUUACCCUUUCUCCACUUCGGUGAAGUUGUCCACAGGUUGCACAGGUACUCUGGUGGCAGAAAAGCACGUCCUUACCGCAGCUCACUGCAUCCAUGAUGGCAAAAGUUAUGUCAAAGGAGCCCAGAAACUGAGGGUGGGCUUCCUGAAGCCUAAACUGAAAGAUGGCAGCAAAGGGACUAAUAUCACAAGCUCAACAAUGCCAGAAAAAAUGAAAUUCCAGUGGAUCCGAGUGAAACGGACACAUGUCCCCAAAGGAUGGAUCAAAGGAAAUGCUAAUGAUAUUGGCAUGGAUUAUGACUAUGCCCUACUGGAGCUCAAGAAGCCUCACAAAAGAAAAUUCAUGAAUAUAGGUGUGAGCCCACCCACUAGACAGUUGCCUGGAGGUAGGAUUCACUUCUCUGGCUAUGACAAUGAUCGUCCAGGGAAUCUGGUUUACCGUUUCUGUGAUGUCAAAGAUGAAACAUUUGACCUCUUGUAUCAGCAGUGUGAUGCCCAGCCAGGGGCAAGUGGGUCCGGGGUGUAUGUGAGGAUGUGGAAAAGACAGCAUCAGAAAUGGGAGCGUAAAAUUAUUGGAAUAUUUUCAGGGCAUCAGUGGGUGGACAUGAAUGGCGCCCCACAGGAUUUCAAUGUGGCUGUUCGCAUCACACCCCUGAAAUAUGCACAAAUCUGUUACUGGAUCAAAGGCAACUAUCUUGACUGUAGGGAUGGAUAGACAAUGAACUUUCUAGAAAGCACUUAAUUGUCUUAAUUAUACUUAUCCAUGGAAAAGCCAAACUUCUUUUGUUAUAAAUGUGUGUGAUUCUACUUUGAAAUGCCUAGACAUAAUUUAUAAAAUUAUAAGCAGGACACCUUACUCUUUGGAAGGUGAUUGUGUGACAGAGUUGCAGUUAGAAAAUGUUAAUUUGAGGAGGAAGGGAAAAACUGUUGGGAGGGGAGAGCUCAGGUAGAAUUUCUGACUUUGCAGUUCUAGUGAUUUAAGAUUAAUUUGGGGGUUGGUAAACAAUACAUAAUCCGAGGGGUCUCCAAAGAGUUGUAUGAAAGGAAUGCUGUCGGGGAACUCACACCUACUUUGUUUGUACCUCAAACACAGGCUUAAUGGAAAUGUUUUCAUCUGAAACUUUAAAAGAAAGUAUUUCUAUGAUAUCAGAGGUAAAAAAGGGUGUUUAACAACAACUCCCCCAACCUGCAGUGUUUCAGAAUUGUGUUAUUGCAUGAGAACCAGAGUGCAACAGAGACUAGGUUUACAUUGUUGAAGAUGAAUGUCAUGCAAAUAACUGUAAGGGUAAAUAAAUAGAGGGUUUUUUCAAACUGUAAUGUUUAGUGAUUUGAAGCUUUAUGAGUAACAUAGGUAAGAAAAUACUGUUUAAACAUCUAGGCCAUAGUCAUGGAAAACUGGACAUGCCUGGAUCUUAAGUCACACACAUCGUGCCUCAGAGUUCUGCUCACUCAAGCAGUAUUAUGCAUGGGAUUAAUUGUUUAAGAAUCUGGGCCACAGUUGUUAACAUGACCAUGUCCCUAUAAAUAUAUUGUGUAGAAGGUGUAUGGGGGAAGAAGGUUGUUUCCUUUUGUGACUUAUUUAGAUCUUUAAUCAUGGAAAAUUUCUAGCUCUUCGUGACUACUCCAGCAAUGCAAGUCCUGUCCGAGAGGAGGAGAAGCAUCCUUAGGUUUUUUUUGGCUUCCUAAAUUGUAAGGCUUUAAAGUAGAAAGAGAAUAUUGUAAGAAAGAAAGAAAGAAAAUUUGUUAACAGAUUUCUAUCUGUAUCUCUGCCACCCCGGUUUGGCAGUGUACUUUAACCUCUUGACUUCUGAAUUUUUUCCUUGCAGCAUUUGUGGUAGUUUUCUUUCAAAAUUGCCAAGUUAUGAGCAGUUCUUGACACACGUAGCUCACCAGUUCUACAGCUUGUAAUAGAGCUAAUUGAAAGAGAACCAGAUUAUAGGACAUAAUCCAAUAUAUGAAUAAAAUGAUGCACCAGUGUCUCGUAUGGACAUUGAUGCCUGUCAUUUUAUUGUAGACAAAUUAUAAUUCCAACAGAAACUACCUUUUUAUGGGUUGAAACCCCCUGCCAAAUACUGUUGCACAGCAAACAACAUUGGUAGAACAAAGAACUUUCUACACAUCAUGUUUCUCAGGUGGAUUAUGCCACUGUAUUUCAGUAACACUGCUAGGCUAGUGUCAUGGCAGCCUGUCGCCACUCUUUAAAUAGGAAAAUGGUCACUUAUUCAAAUGCUAAUCUCCAUUCCAUCCAUGCAUCUCCCUGUAAUGUCUGAAUCUCAUUGCAUUAGGCACUGCACAGAUGUUACCGGGACAAAAUUCAGCGCUGUCCAGCAAAACUGAGCUAAGCAAGAUUGAGUCUAUGUGGGCUUGUUCCUGAGCUUUAUAGGACACUUGUAAUUCAGUUAAGCCUUAUUUUUCUUUCAUUUUGCUAAUUUUAUGGUGUGGGAAAAUACACUCCUGAUGGUGCUCUAUCUUUCUAGAAGUGUUGGCUCUAGUUAUGAAAGCCAUUUUUGCUGGAGCAGCCUAAAGAUGUUUUUGAUUGUGGGUGCAGUGUUCAAAACUGUGGAACCCUUCCUUGCUGGGUGUUUGCACUCAGAUGCAUACAGUUACUAAUGCUUUAAAAAUAUGAGUAAUCACCAUAUGUAACUGACAGACUUCUUCUGCUAUUUUAUUCUAGAUUUACUUUAUUUUGUGACUGUCAGCUGGAGCACUUCUCUUUGAAUGUAUCACAGUGAAUAAAGAAAAGUAAUGGAAUUUCAGUGCAGACACUCUUGUACCAUACCUGGGGUUGUAACUUCAAUCUCUUUUUGCUUUUACUUAUUUGUAAAGACAUUCAAAUACAGCACAGUCGUAUCAACA